AUGGGCACUGCAAACGAUGGGCAAAGCCUGCAACGAGCGGGGCCAUCCCUCUGGAGAGAUGUUGACUAUGAGCCAUUCCCAGAUCUCCCGUUGUAUGUGCAGCAACCUGUGCCAGACAGGAUACAGCAUCAAUUCGAAGUCGGUUCUCUAAAGGCCACACCAGCCUUGAUCAACGCGUCCUGGGCCUUGGUCUCCAGUCGUCUCAAGAAUUCACCUCAUGUUAUAUUUGGCACCACCAUCCUGCCAAGCGAAGCAGCUGGAAAGCAGGAUAACAUCAGCGUCUGGGCUACAGACAUUUCUCCAAUACGCGUGUCGCUGUCGGGCCACCAAAACAUUUCCGAGUACCUCGGCGCAAUGGAGAAACAAAUGGCUGACGAAGGCCAGCAUGGCAAGUCAAGGCUGAAUGCUACGGAAGAGCAGCAACUACAUACUCUGCUGGUUCACCACACGCGGACACGGGGCAUCCGACAUUGUCAGACCAAUGGCGGCAAGCAAUCCGCGCACACCUACGCGCUGGUAAUAGAGACAUGUCCCAGUGAGAACAAGAUGACAUUUAUUUCGAGCUUCGAUGCGACCGUCAUUAAGCAAUGGGAAGUACGGAAAUUGUUGCGGCGGCUGGAAUAUGUGUCGAUCCAGAUUGGCAAUGCAAGUCCCGACCAGAAACUAAAGGACAUAAACAUGGUGACGCCCGAUGAGCUCGACGAACUAUGGAAGUUGAAUGCUACCACACCAGCACAAGUCAAUCAGUGCAUGUACAGCAUGUUUGAAAAGAAGGUCCAGGUCCAACCCAAUGCACCCGCUAUUUGUGCCUGGGAUGGAGAGCUGUCAUACGGUGAGCUAUAUCGGCUUGCCAAAAAGUUAGCCUUCACACUUGUUGGCCAGGGCAUUGGACCUGAAGUACUUGUGCCACUAUGUUUUGAAAAAUCCAUGUGGACGGCGGUUGCGAUGCUGGGAGUCACCAUGGCAAGAGGAGCGUAUGUACUGUUAGACCCAUCAUUCCCUGAGAAUCGCCUCCAUGAUGUCUUGGGACAAGUCAACGCGCGGUUGAUGCUAAGUUCUGCGUCUAACCAGGCGUUGAGCUCACGACUCGUGAAUAACGUCAUUGUUAUAAGCUCCGACUACUUCAGGAGCGUGGAUUACGAACAGGGGGACGAGGACCAUAUCAACAAGCAAGCGACUCGACAACUGCCGUACUGUAACCCAUCAUCUCUUCUCUUCUUGUGCUUCACCUCGGGAAGCACAGGAACCUCCAAAGGCGCAAUGGCCACACACGCGAAUGUAGCGUCAGCUCUCCACCAUCAAGCAAGCUACUUGCGCCUCACGCCAGAGUCGAGGAUCUUCGACUUUGCAUCAUAUAGCUUUGCUACUACACUUGCCAAUUUCUUCCUGGCCAUCUACGCGGGCGGCUGCUUGUGCGUCCCGGGCGAGGAGGAUCGAAGACGACGGCUUCCAGAGAGUAUAACCGCCUUGCGAGCCAACGUCAUGGAAGUGACGCCAACUCUUGCUCGGCUUCUCAGCCCAGAAGACACGCCCACUCUGGAAUUAAUCAUUUUCUCGGGCGAGAGGUCUGACCAGAGGGAUUUUGAACGAUGGUGGGGGAGUAAAGUACAUGUAGCUCAUACCUAUGGAAGCUCAGAGUGUCUGUUCAACAGCACCAUCAACUACCAGCCUCCUGCUCUAGAGGAAACUCUCCAUAUAGGACAUGCCGUGGGAGCCGUUGCGUGGGUUGUAGAUCCCGAUGACUAUAGCGAACUGUUACCAAUUGGAGCAAUCGGCGAGUUAUUGCUCGAAGGGCCGAUUGUUGGUCGUGGGUACCUGGGCAAUCCAGAAAAGACUGCUUCCGUCUUCAUCAACGACCCGGCUUGGCUGCUUCAAGGCAGCAGCAGCCAAUCGGGACGACAUGGCCGGCUCUACAGAACAGGAGACCUAGUCAAGUUCAAUGGGGACGGAACCUUGGUCUUCAUCGGCCGUAAAGACACACAGGUCAAAGUACGUGGACAGCGCGUCGAGCUUGCCGAGGUAGAGCACUGGGUGCAGAAAUGCACACCAGAGGCAAUCCACGUCGCUGCUGAAGUCAUUGUACCGCAAACCGGCAAGACAAGGCCUUUCCUAGCGGCAUUCAUACAGUUGGGUCCGGAACAACACCCACAAAAGAAUAGCAGCAAUGCCGCGUCAAAGGGCAGUGAGUUUGAUCCUGCUGGUGGCAUUGGGGUUCUGCCAACAUCCGAUUCUGUUGAGAAACGCAUCGCUGAGCAGCUGCCAAGUUAUAUGGUGCCGACGGCAUUUCUCACUAUGAGAAAACUACCCACGACGAAUACCGGCAAGUUGAAUCGAAAGCAGCUUCGUAACAUUGGGGCGUCCUUGCCCAUCGAGCGUCUGGCAGCCAUGCGAGCAUCCAGACGAGUGAUGAGCGGACAGGUCGCCACCGAGGCCGAGCAAUGCGUCCAGAAACUAUGGUCUCAGGUACUCAAUAUUGAUGCCUGUAACCUUGGUUUAGAGGAUAACUUUUUCCAUCUUGGAGGCGAUUCUAUUGCUGCAAUGAUGAUGACUCGUGAAGCCCGCAAGAUUGGCUUGAAACUAACAGUGGCCGACAUCUUGCGGUACCCAACUAUUGGUCAGUUUGCGAAACACAGUAUCUCGCGGUCAGCUACAGAGUCAAAAGAAAUUGAAGCGUUUUCUCUUCUCGGGCAUCGUUUUGACAUUGCUUCGUUUCUCCGAGUCAUUUCUAGCCACUACCACGAUGUUGAUCCGGCCAGAGUACAAGAUGUUUGUCCCUGUACUCCACUCCAGGAGGGCCUCAUGUCCUUGGCGUUGAAACAAGCAGGAGAUUAUAUUAUGCAAGUUGUCAUUGAACUGGCUCCCGAUGUUCGAUUAAACGACCUGUGUACGGCUUGGGAGCAAGUCACUCGUGCGACGCCCGUGUUGCGAACCAGAAUUGUCCAGCAUGACCACUACGGUCUGGUUCAGAUCGUACUGGAUGAAGAUAUUCGCUGGAUUCAUGCAACUGGCUUGGAAAACUACCAGAUGUCAGAUAAAGCACACUCAAUGGCUUUGGGUGACCCACUCACUCGAUACGCGCUCGUCAGGGACGACGCCGGAAAGGCGAAAUGGCUUGUGUGGACAGUCCAUCACUGCCUCUUUGACGGCUGGUCCAUGAAUCUGGUCGCGGAGGCAGUACACCGCGCAUAUUUGGGUAAACAAAUCGACAACGGACCUAGUUUCCAAUCCUUUAUAAAGUAUAUACAAGAUCAAAAAGACGAGGCACUGGUGGAUUAUUGGAGACGGGCCAUGGCCGGCAGUGAAUGUGUCCCCUUCCCGGAGCCUCUUCCAUCCACGACACAACCAGUGAAAGCGGCUAGCAACGUUGAAGAAUUCGAAUUUCCACGGAUUCAAACCUCAGCCAAUGUUUCCACCGCAACACUGAUCCGUGCGGCGUGGGCCUUGAUCGCUGGGCGAACCACCAACUCGCACGACGUGGUGUUUGGCUCAACAGUGUCGGGACGAAGCGCACCGGUUGAGGGCGUCGAGUCAAUGGUGGCACCAACUUUCACAACCAUUCCUGUGAGAGUGACUUUGCCCGGAAAUCAGAGAGUUUCAGACUACUUGGAUACAGUCCAGCAGCAGUCCACAGACAUGAUACCCUUUGAGCAGGCGGGCUUGCACCGAAUUGCCAAGAUAUCACCCGAGUGCCGGAAAGCUUGCAUGUUCCAGACUCUGCUUGUUAUCCAACCGCAGGAUGCAAACAGUACCGAUGUCAUGUUUGGAAGAUGGAACUGGGACGACAAACAAAUGACGGGUAUGGGUACAUAUGCCAUUACUCUGCAAGUCCAUCUGGGUUCGGACACCAUCAUGGCGUCUGCUGCCUUUGACGCCACAGUGAUUGAGCCAUGGGUGCUUAAAGGGCUGCUAAGAAGACUCGAAUUUGUGAUGCGCCAGCUGAAUGAUGCACAGAACAUGACUUUGUCAGAAGUGAAGACGGCAACGGCCCAGGAUCUCAACCAAAUAUGGGAGUGGAACAAGGUCGUUCCAGAGUCUGUGGAGCGAUGCGUCCACGACAUAAUUGACCAAAAGGCACAAUUACAACCCCAUUCCCCUGCCGUGUGUGCUUGGAAUGGCAGCCUGACAUAUGGUGAACUGGGUCGACUCGCAACAAUAUUGGCGGGCCAGCUUGUCUCGUCGGGUGUCGAGCCAGGCAUGGUCAUCCCAUUGUGCUUCCACAAGUCCAUGUGGACAACUGUUUCGAUGCUUGCCGUUCUGAAGGCUGGUGGCGCUUUCGUCAUGCUAGACUGCUCUGUUCCGCAAGACUAUCUCCAGCAUCUUGUGCGGCAGGUUGACGCCCGCCUAAUUUUAUCGUCUCCGGACACUCAGUCAAUUGCCUCACGACUCUGUUCAGAUGUAAUUGUAGUCGGCCCAGAAUCUUUAUUAAAUAUGAAAGGCAAGACUUUUGGUCCACUUCCAAGCAUCAAGCCUGAAUCUGUCGCCUAUAUCGUCUUCACCUCGGGCAGUACUGGCAAUCCGAAAGGAGUCGUCAUUCCACACACAAGUUUCUCAUCAGCCAUACAUCAUCAAGCGGGCCUUUUGUUUAACAGAGGGUCCAGGAUUUUUGACUUUGCAUCACAUAGUUUUGAUGCUCCUAUCCACAAUACUCUGAUGAUUCUCGCGGCAGGGGGCUGCUUAUGCGUGCCAAGGGAUGAAGAUCGAAAGGAUAACCUGGCUGCCAGUAUGGCGUCGUUGAGGGCCAAUGUUGCCACACUUACACCAUCUGUUGCUCGAACCCUGUCUCCAGAACAAGUUCCCGAGCUCAAGUCAAUACUGUUUGUUGGAGAAAUGCUGCAUGCCACAGACGUCGCGCCCUGGUGGGGGAAGGCUGACGUGGUCAAUAUAUAUGGACCGACGGAAUGCACUCCCGUCAGCACAAUGAAUUUCCUCUCGGCGAGGCCCCAAGAUGCUCCUUGCAUGGGUAGAGGAGUCGGGCUUGUGACCUGGGUUGUGGACCCAGAUAAUUACGAUCAUCUGUUGCCAGCCGGCUGCAUUGGUGAACUAGUACUCGAAGGUCCCCUUGUCGGGCGCGGCUAUCUAAACGACCCGGAGAGAAAUGCAGCAGUGUUUAUCGAAGAUCCCAAAUGGCUGACUCUAGGAACUUUCAGCCUGCCUGGACGGCGCGGUCGCCUCUAUAAGACGGGUGAUCUUGUCCGAUACAACGAAGACGGAACCCUGACAUGUAUUGGCCGCCGGGAUGCCCAAGUCAAGAUCCGCGGUCAGCGAGUGGAACUAGGAGAGGUUGAGCAGCAUGUAAGAGCAUGCAUACCAGGUGUGAAGCAGGCGGCUGCAGAGGUCAUCAUACCAGGAGGGCAAGGAGCCGUUCCAACACUGGCUGUGUUUGUAGCGAUGGAUGAUGCCACAUCACGGUUUCCGAGUCGGGGCCGGAACGGCGACUCACGGAGAACCCCGACCAGCACGGCCUCAAGUGGAACAAAUGGAACAUGCAAUGGAACACUGGUGCCCCAAGUUAUUGCAAUAUCCGCCCAGGUGGAAAAUGAGCUGGCCCGGAGCUUGCCGGCCUACAUGCUCCCGACCGUCUACUUCGCUCUUGAAGCCCUGCCUCUCAACAACUCGGGCAAAACCGACCGACGGCGUCUGCGUCAGCUCGGGGCCAGCUUCAGUGCCCAGCAGCUGGCCGAGCUGCGUACAUGUAGCGAUUCUCAUGUCCAGAAACGCCCGCCAUCUACCAGCGCGGAGCGUGAGCUUCAACGGAUCUGGGCGGGCGUCCUCAACAUCAAUGCUGCAACCAUUGGCAUCGACGACAGCUUCCUCCGCCUGGGGGGUGAUUCUAUCACGGCCAUGCAAGUUUCGGCAGCCGUCCGACUCUCUGGGGUCAGCAUUUCUACCGCAGAAAUUCUACAGAAGAAGACCAUCGCCCUGCUAGCAGCAACUCCCUCAGCUCGCGAAAUCAAGCCCGACCCGGCCGUGAAUCCUACCAACACGGCCGAAACAGAUGACGGCCAGCCUUUCCGGUUGAGCCCAAUUCAGCAGCUGUAUAUGCAAGUACACGAGAACCCAACGUGCCAGCCUUUCGAUCAAAGCUUUCUCCUUGAGCUGCGGGCUUCUGUAUCCCUUGUGUCGGUGUUACGCUCCAUUGAGGCCAUUGUAUCCAGACAUCCAAUGUUAAGAGCGCGCUUCAGCCAGACUAGCCAGGGGGCAUGGCAACAGCACAUCAGCAGCGAUAUCUUGGGCUCAUUCCACGUUUGCCAGGAGCACACAUCAGAAUCUUCAGCUAGCAAAGCAAAUGACGGCCCAAUUAGCCGGUGUCGCCAAAGGCUCAAUAUAGAAGACGGUCCUCUGGUCGCUGCGGUGUUGUUGCAGGACACAAAGUCUCAGUCUCUCUUCAUAACCAUCCACCACUUGGUCGUAGAUCUUGUCUCUUGGCGUAUUCUGCUACAAGAACUCGAGAUGCUGAUAACUAAGCGUCCAAUAUACACGCAGGUAAUAACAAGUUUUCGGACAUGGUGUUCCUUGCAGGCACAAUACGCAGCAAGCCAGCUUGGCCCCGGAGAAGGGCAUGGGAAAAGCACAAUCCAGCCAUCUCCAUUGUCCUACUGGGGAUUCGAUGUGAUCCCGGCUCGCAACAGCACACUGGCAACAAGCCAAUUCGUUCUCGACAAACUGUCAACCGAUGCCAUAAUGGGUAGCUGCAAUGAGGCGUUCGGCACACGGCCAGUCGAGCUUAUGAUAACCGCUCUUGCCUAUUCUUUCAGCACUGUAUUCACAGAUCGGUCAUCAGUCUCUAUAUUCAGCGAAGGACAUGGGCGUGAGCCGUGGGAUGACCUUGUUGACCUUUCGCACACGGUUGGUUGGUUUACAACCAUAUUCCCAGUGCACGUGCCUGCUUUGGGUCAUGAAAAUCUUCUAGAUGCUACUUGUCGCACCAAGGAUUUUAUUAGGUCGUUUCCAAAGAACGGCUGGUCCUACUUCACAUCUAAAUUUGCGGAUAAGAAAGCCGCAGCAGCUAACAUCUCGGAUUUCCCUGUUGAAGUACUGUUCAACUAUGCAGGCUCGUAUCAGCAGUUUGAGCGAGACGACGCCCUGUUUCGGAAUAUUUCCAUGCCCAAUGAUCCAAGCACUACUUUCUCCACAGGCCUUCGCCAGCUUGCAUUAUUCGAUAUUGAGGCGCACGUGGACCGAGGGCGCUUCACCGUGAGCUGUGACUUUCCCGAUAAUAUUCGUCAUCGGGACAGGAUUGAAGCCUGGGUAGAGCAAUAUCAGGUGACGUUGAAACAGCUUGCCAAAACAUUAAAGGACCGGCCGUUCCAGUGUACUUUGUCAAAUUUCCCAAUGGCCUUCACUUCCUACGAAGAUAUAAACGAGUUUCAGCGUCGCCUCAAUUCUUCAUGGGGCAUCACACGCGUUGAAGACAUCGACGAUGUGUACCCGUGCACACCAUUGCAGAAGGAUAUGCUGAAGGCACAAAAGAAAGACUCCCGAAAGUACCGUAUUGAGCUUGGCGUUACAAUACGCGGCUGCCAAGACAAAGCAGUUGACUUGUUGAGGAUUGAGCAGGCAUGGGUUGCAGUUGUACGGCGACAUUCCCUCCUUCGCACGCUGCUAGUGGACGACAUCCCUGGGACCAAUGAGCCUAUGCAUAUUGUAUUGAAGGAUUAUGUGCCGAAAAUAUCUCAUGUAGAGGCCGCGGAAAAUGUGCCCUUGCAAGCCCGACCCCGAGUCGUGGGAUACCAGAAGCAUGUCCCUCAACAUCACCUUUCCGUCUACCAGUGCAAUGGGAAUGUGGCGCAGCUUCAACUGGAGAUUAAUCACGCCAUCUGUGACGGCUAUUCCAUUGACCUCUUGCUUAGAGACUUCCGGUCCGCAUAUAACCGCACACUGGAACCCAACGGUCCAUUGUUUGGAGAAUACGUCAAGUACAUAUUCAAACAGCGACCUUGGUCAACUGAGUCGAAAUUGCAUGAUGAAGGCAGCGACGACUUUGUGCCGUGCUUUAUUCCAGUGUUGGGAGACAGCCAGGACAGGAAACACAGUAGCACAUUCCGCGUUGAUGUCCCCGACAUGGACACCUUCAAGAUACGCACCUUUUGCGCGGAAUGGGAAAUUACCGCUGCUACUCUCAUCAAGACAGCUUGGGCAAUUGUGCUAUAUAAAUAUACAGGGCUGACAUCACCUUGUUUUGGCAACCUUGUCUCAAGACGGGAUGCACCAGUGGCAGAAGCAUCCAAUAUGUUCGGACCACUCAUGGACCUCGUUCCGUGUCGAGUUGACCUCGACAAGGAGCAGAAAAGUGUCCUGCAGAUACUGAGGAAACUAAACGCCGAAUUUAUCCAUAGCCUAUGGAAUCAAACUCCGUCCGGCACGAACGUACGGCAGCGUAGCAGCAAGCCUUUUAACACUGCUAUAUCCUUUCAACGAGCGGCACCCGACUUGCCUCUAACGGACGAUGGCCACUCCAUUUUCAUGUGUGAUUGGCUCGAUCCUGUGGAAUGGGACAUUUAUGUCCGUGUAGAAGAUUCCACGGAUACGAUUUCGGUGACCCUAGAGUUCUGGCAGGACAAGGCAUCGCAGAAUGCAGCAGUGGGUGUAGCGAAAUGUCUGAUCGCUGCGAUUUCUUCGAUUACCGCGGACCCGGAUAAAAGUCUUCGGGCAAUUCUAUAG